AUGAACCGUACUCUCUACUACGUCUCUUUUCUUCUGAUCCUUGCCCAAUAUUGCUCAUCAACUGGCGUUUUGGGGCUUCGGGUGUCUUCUUCGAAAGAUGUCGUCGCUCGGAUGGAACUACUCGAUCGAGAGAACUCUUCAAGAUAUGGAAUAUCGUUCGAUCUUCAUUUGGAUCCAAAAUACCAUGAAUUCGUGUUUCCAUUUCCACCACCAUCAUCCAAAUCACUGCUCCCAGUUCUUGAGUACACUAUUCAAAUUAUGAAAUCUAGAGAUGGGGACUUUGUGGGACAAAAAUUCUCAACGAGACUCCCAGUUCUUGUCAAUGAGCCGUGGAUCCACAAAACUGUAACGGACAGAAUUGGAAUUUCAAUUUUCUUAUCAAUCCGAUUCGAAUGCCUCCCCAAUCACUAUGGAUCAAAGUGCCAGUUUUAUUGCACCAAUGGAGAAAACUGCCCAAAAGAUGAAUGCAAGCAAAAGAAGUGUCACAAUAAUUCUCAAUGCCUUUUCAAUGGAACAAACUCAAAAUGCAUCUGCCAAGCUGAAUAUUCCGGAGAACUCUGUGAAAUCAAAAUCACCAACAGCCCAAUUCCAAUCUCCACAGACAAUGUUAUUCUCUUCAGUCUUCUUGUUCUAUUCAUUUUCCUUUUUAUCGUAACUAUCGCUACCGUAGUUACCUUCACCCGUCGUAAAACUCUUCGUAAAGUUAGUGAGCCAGUUGACGACUACUAUUACGGAAAAUAUCACCUUGAAUCUGGGAAACUGCAGAUCUUGACACCCCCACAUAUUUGGUUUCGAUUAAAAAUUAAAAAUCUACGAGAUGUGGGAAAUCCACAAAUUGUGUCACACGAAGCGUUUGAUCUAGGGAAAAUGAGGUCUGUCUCAGAUGAAGUUUCCUUGUUCAACCUAAAUUUUUGUCUAUGUAUUACCAGUGAACAAUUUUUUAUGAUGUUGUUGGACUUUCAACAAACAUACGCUCAUGUCACAUUCGGUUUAUCCAUUUUUUCAAACAGUCUUCUGCUAUCCUUGUUGAUAUUCCGAAGAGACAAAAAUCUGGGUAGCUACAAGUACCUAAUGUUUGCUUUUUCGUUUUUGGGACUUUUCUUUUCAAUAGUGGAUUUUUCCAAUAAACCUAUGGUUCAUAUUUAUGGUGGAGCGUACUUGGUGUUUAGUCUCAACUCUCUUGGUCUCCCGCAUUUUUUGGCAAAUUGGUUUAACGCUCUAAAUUGUUCUUGUUACGGAAUGACAAUUUCAUUAUUGGCUGUGCACUUUAUCUACCGGUACUUGGCGGUUUGUAGACCGAACCAAAUGAAUUGGUUCAUGUGGCCUCACACAAUAGUCUGGUUCAUUUUUUGCACGGAAAUUUCAUUUGAAUGGUGGAUUACAGCUGUUCUGUAUGCGGGGGAGACUCGUCUUAUUGAUGAGCUUGUCAAAGACUCGAUGAAAACUAAUUACAAUUUGACAAAGGGUGAAUUCAUCUAUGCUGCUUCCUUGUACUAUAGAAUGAAUGAAAAAUGGGAGAAGACAAUUUCCUGGCCAGAUGUACUGUUUGCUGUAAAUAUUGUAAAGUUAAUUACCAUCUGUAUGACAAUCGUUCUCUUCUGCGGAAUCUCCACAUUCCGUAAACUCCGAACCCUUCGUCACACUUCGAAACGGACCACAAACCUUCAGCAACAACUCUUCAAAGCAUUAGUAACCCAAACUGUAAUUCCAGUGCUCACUAUGUUCCUCCCAGCUGCAGUUAUGAUGAUUUCACCUCUGUUCGAAGUAACUCUAGGAUCCUACGAAGGUCUUAUCAUGACAGUGAUCACCACGUACCCAUGUGUCGAUCCGAUGGUUGUCAUAUUUUUCGUCAAAGACUUCAGACAUGCAAUCUGGCAGACUAUCAGAUGCAAACGAUGUCUUUACAGCCGAGAAACGUAUUCGCUUCGUGGAACCGCUGUGUCUUUUAUCACCGAACCAAAUUGA